AUGGCCGCUGCUCUAGACGCCGUCCUCGCCAAGUACAUCGCCUCUGGCCAAGACACAAACGACAAGCUGCUGGGCGCCUCAUUCAUCGUCAUUAACAAAGAUGAAACCCUAUAUAGCAACGCAGCAGGUCGCCUUGAUUUUCCCACCGAGGCGCGCCCUUGGGAACUCAACACGUUCACCUACGUAGCAUCACUCACCAAGGCCAUCACUUCCACCGCCGUCAUGCAGCUAGUCGAGCAGGGCAAGCUCCGGCUCGACGACGACACGCGCAAGAUUGUACCUGAGCUAGGAGACAUGCAGAUCCUCCGCGGCUUCGACGAAGACGAGAAGCCUAUCCUAGAGGACAACACCACGCCUAUCACACUCAGAAUGCUUCUGACCCACACCGUGGGCCUGGGCUACGACUUGAUGCCAGACCUCCAGAAAUGGUCCAAAUCCAUCGGCCGCACCGUGACAAACCUCUCAGGUACGCUCGAAGGCUUCAAAACACCCCUCUUCUUCGUCCCAGGAGAAGGGUGGUACUACGGCACGGCUACCGACUGGGCAGGCCAGGCCUUGGAGCGCGUCACAGGCACAUCCUUGAGCGCCUACCUCGCCGAGCACAUUUUUGGCCCGCUCGGUAUGAAAGACACGGGUUUCUGGCCGGACAAGAUGCCCCACGUCGCCGAACGGACCGCUGCAUUCCAGAUCCGCGGCAGCGACGGAUCGUCUCUUAGUCCGGGGUCUAGUCCGCGCAACGUCAGUCCCAACGCAAUUGACAGCGGCGGCGCAGGUCUAUGGACUACAGCGCAAGACUACAGCAUCUUUCUCUCCGCGCUGCUGAAUAACACGCUCGUGAAGAAGGAGACGGCGGACGAGAUGUUCCGGCCGCAGCUUGACGAGCGACAGGCGAGACAAUUCGAGAAGCUCACGGCUGAAUGGGGCGGAUCGCUGGCGGUGGAGUUUGAGCUGGAUAUGGAGCUGAAUCACGGGCUGGUCGGGUGUAUCAACAUGCGUGACGUGCCCGGGAAGCGCAAGAAGGGGAGUCUGCAGUGGAGCGGCAUGUGUAACAGUCACUGGUGGCUGGAUCGGGAGACGGGCGUUGCUGGAGUGCUUCUUGUUCAGUCACAACCUCAUGCCGAUCCGGUUGUGACGAGGUUGUAUGACGAUUUGGAGCGGGCUGUCUACGGUGAGCUUCUCAAGAUAUCGUAG